CCGCCGCAGUGGGGACUGGGGGUUGCUGCGGGACACAGACCGCCCGCCGCUCUCCCAGCUUGCGCAGCCAGGCUCCGUGUUAAGUCGGGCUCUUACCGUCUUCUCCUUGAAUCCUUAGAGAGCCCUAGGAGGCGGGAAUAUUACUGUUUGCACUUGACCAGAGAGGAGACUGAAGAACUCAAAAGAUUGUUCUUACUCCAGGCCCCAGUUAGUAAGAGAGAGCUAAGAUUUGAACCCAGGGAGGCUCCAGACCUUAGCCGUAGGCAGCCUGGUUGGCGCUUGGGAAAUGGAACCUCCCCAACCCUCACUCCUUCCUUCUCCCCAUGGUUUUGGGAACCUGUGGCCUGUGCCUCCUCUGCCCUGCAAUGACAAUUCCUUUCAAGAGCCUAGAAUUUGUCGGCCACGACUUUGGAGGGGAAGGGUGAGGGUGGAGGCAGAGGACAGGACCAAUUGUAACUACUUAAGCUGCUCCUUAUUGCUGACACGUGGAGCUGAUGGAAGAUGCUGCCUUCAGCUUCUAAAAACCCCUCACUGCAAGCUCAAAGGUUACAGUGAGGCCAGCAGACGGAGGCCCUGGAGCCAUGGGUGACUGGGGCUUCCUUGAGAAGCUGCUGGACCAGGUCCAGGAGCACUCCACUGUGGUGGGCAAGAUCUGGCUGACAGUGCUCUUCAUCUUUCGCAUCCUCAUCCUCGGCCUGGCCGGCGAGUCGGUGUGGGGUGACGAGCAGUCGGAUUUCGAGUGUAACACAGCUCAGCCGGGCUGCACCAACGUGUGCUAUGACCAGGCCUUCCCCAUCUCCCACAUCCGCUACUGGGUGCUGCAGUUCCUCUUCGUCAGCACACCCACCCUGGUCUACCUGGGCCACGUCAUCUACCUGUCUCGGCGGGAGGAACGGCUGCGGCAGAAGGAGGGGGAGCUGCGGGCACUGCCAGCCAAGGACCCACAGGUGGAGCGGGCACUGGUGACCAUAGAGCGUCAGAUGGCCAAGAUCUCAGUGGCAGAAGAUGGUCACCUGCGGAUCCGUGGAGCACUGAUGGGCACUUAUGUGGCCAGUGUACUCUGCAAGAGCGUGCUAGAGGCGGGCUUCCUCUAUGGCCAGUGGCGCCUCUACGGCUGGACCAUGGAGCCUGUGUUUGUGUGCCAGCGAGCACCCUGUCCCUACCUCGUGGACUGCUUUGUCUCUCGCCCCACAGAGAAGACCAUCUUCAUCAUCUUCAUGCUCGUGGUUGGACUCAUCUCCCUGGUGCUGAACCUACUGGAGCUGGUGCACCUGAUGUGUCGAUGCCUCAGCAGGGGGAUGAAGGCCCAGCCAGGCCAGGAUGCCCCCCCAGCCCAGGGUACCUCCUCAGACCCUUACACAGACCAGGUCUUCUUCUACCUCCCCAUGGGCCAGGGGCCCUCAUCCCCGUCAUGCCCCACCUACAAUGGGCUCUCAUCCAGUGAGCAGAACUGGGCCAACCUGACCACGGAGGAGAGGCUGGCUUCUUCCAGGCCCCCUCUCUUCCUGGACCCACCUCCCCAGGGUGGGCAGAAAUCCCCCAGUCGCCCCAGCAGCUCUGCUUCCAAAAAGCAGUAUGUGUAGCCCCUGGGGCUCAGGUCACCCAACAAGAGGGGUCCUGAGAAGUCUGUCUGCCUGAGGUGCCCCUCCUUGAAGGCUCUGCAGUGGUGACUAGACUGGGGAAGCAGAUCUUGCUGACCAGGGGACCUCAUUGCAAGUUGUUCUUGAACAGCUGGGGCCUUCCUGAUGACCAGAAGGCACUAUGACUUCUAUGUCCAGAUGUGGCUUUGUCCCAGGCACAGAGGGAGCCAGCUUUGGGUGUUUUGACCAAGGGUUGUGUGGGCCUUCUAGCCUUUUUCACCUGACUGAGAGGGACCCAGAGGCAACUCAUCCCAACCCCACCCUCAUGGAAGAUUAGCCUGUCCAGGUUGUCCUCACAAGGAUCGAGGAUGCUGGGUCGGGCUUGGUGAUGCAGGCGGAGCCUGUGUUGGAUCUCACCUGUCGGGGACUGCUGCCUCAUCUUCCCCACUCCUUCCUAGUUCCACCGUUUAUGCUUCUAAAAUAAACAGGAAUUGAUCACAA